GUACCGUACAUAAGUUAUGUUAACGGGAUUGACUGAUCACCCGCCCAUCUCAAGGUCGUACUGCUACUCCUUCCCCCUCUUCUACUUCCUCCUCUUCUUACCUUAUCAAUGCAUCAGCAAGAGCUUGGUUCCAGUCCCGAGUGACUGACCUCUUCUCCUCCUUUGACUCCUCUUUUCUCCUCCCUUACCCCGCAUUUUGCAACUCCCCUCCAAAGCAGAAUACAGGGCCAUAUAUAUGCAUAGGGAAUGAAUAGUCCUAGUUGAUCUUUUGAGCAUAAGCAGCAGACCUCUCUACCUUCAAACCCUGAAAUAUACUGUCCUUCACCAUGAGAGCAGUCCGCUUCUACGGAGCUGGAGACAUCCGAGUCGACCAGAUCGAAGAGCCGGUUUGUGGAGAGGGACAGGUCAAGAUCCGACCUGCGUUUGUAGGGAUCUGCGGAAGUGAUUUGCAUGAGUACACGUGCGGGCCGCACCUGGUACCCCUGACGCCACAUGCGAUCACCGGGAGACAGCUACCAACAACCCUGGGCCACGAGUUUAGCGGCACAGUCGAGGAGGUAGGGACCGGGGUUGCUGGUGUCGUCGCGAACCUCAAAGUUGGAGAUCGGGUUGCUGUUCGGCCCAACUUGAACGACGGGAGUUGUCCUCCCUGUUUGCGCGGAACCCCGAACUGUUGUCGCAAUUUGGGCUUUGUGGGGUACAGUAGCGAUGCAGGGGGGUUGUCGGACCAUGUCGUAGUUGACGCAGAACUUGCCAUUCCGCUACCGGACAACAUCCCUUUGGAUAUCGGCGCGCUUGUUGAACCGCUGUCUGUGGCGUGGCAUGCCGCAAAUCGCAGCCCUCUUGAGGGUGCUCGGACGGUUCUUGUCGUGGGAGGCGGUCCUAUUGGUUUGGCUGUGGUUCAAGUGCUUUUAGCCCGAGGAGUAGAGUCUAUCAUCGUCGCGGAAGUCUCCUCGCGACGACGAGAAUUUGCGAAAAAAUUGGGCGCCACACAUGUCCUUGAUCCUCGGACAGAAGAUGUCGUCUCCAUGGUACAAGCAAUGACCGGAAACGCGGGCGCAGAUGUGGCCUUUGAAUGCUCUGGCGUGCAAGCCGGCUUGGAUACGGCUCUUCGGGGCAUCCGGGUCCGAGGAACAGUCACGAUUGUGUCGCUUUGGGAAGCAAAACCGAGCGUAGACGCCAGCGCGAUCGUGCUAGACGAGAAGCAUGUAAUCGGAGCGGCAAUAUUUGCCGAUGGGAUCUUUCCAGCUGUCAUUGAAGCCAUAAGCUCGGGUAAGCUUGAGUGGCGCAAGCUCAACCCUCAAACCAUGAUCACCAGCAAGAUUCGAAUGGAAGACAUUGUUGAAAAAGGAUUCGAGGCCCGGAUCAACGAGAAAGAUAAACAUGUCAAGAUCUUAGUUGACAUCUCGGCAUGAAAUCCAGGAGGAAGGGUCUAAGGUAAGACAAGACGCCCUGGUCAGAUGCGGCUGUGAAGGUCGCACAGCUGUGCCUCAAAAUGAGCGUUUGUGUUGUCAAGUCCUUUUCCGAAGCCAUCCAUGACGGCCCAAGGCAUGUGUGAUGGCACACUUGGUGUGUAUUCUGACGCCAGCC